CGCUGCGCGCCGGCCGGCGCUCCCUUCACUCGCUCGACUACUCGGCUCGAUCAUUCGUUCCGCGACGUGUCGUCUUGCCGGCCGGUUCUCUCGUCCGGGCUUCAUUUGCAGCCGAACGCUACUCGUUUAGAUACACCCGCCCCUAUCAUCAAAAUGACUGAGAGUACGGACGCCGCCGCGACUCCAGCACCGGAGAAGACCCCGACCGAAAAUGGUGCUACUGAAACACCGCAAGAGGAAACGCCCGAAAAAUCUACCGAGGAGAAAAAGGAUGAGACCCCACCGCCCAAGGAAAUGCGCGCCGUAGUACUUACCGGCUUCGGGGGUCUCAAGACCGUUAAGAUACUCAAAAAACCUGAGCCGACCGUUGGUGAGGGCGAGGUCCUGAUUCGCGUGAAAGCCUGCGGCCUAAACUUCCAAGAUUUGAUAGUUCGUCAGGGCGCCAUCGACUCUCCACCGAAGACUCCUUUCAUCUUGGGCUUCGAAUGCGCUGGUGAAAUCGAGCAAGUUGGCGAAAAUGUCACCAAUUUUAAGGUGGGCGAUCAAGUGGUGGCUCUUCCCGAGUACCGCGCUUGGGCCGAGCUGGUAUCUGUACCGGCGCAGUAUGUGUACGCGCUGCCCGAAGGAAUGUCUGCCCUGGAUGCUGUUGCCAUCACCACGAACUACGUGGUGGCCUAUCUGCUGCUCUUCGAGAUGGCUAACUUGACUCCCGGCAAGAGUCUACUCGUGCAUUCCGCUGGAGGCGGUGUGGGACAAGCUGUAGCCCAGUUGGCGAAGACGGUCGAAAACGUGACCGUGUUUGGUGUCUGCUCCAAAAGCAAGCACGAGGCGCUGAAGACAAACAACAAUAACAUCGACCACCUGCUCGAGAGGGGCAGCGACUACACCAGCGAAGUCAGGAAGGUAACUCCGGAUGGCGUAGACAUUGUGCUGGAUUGCCUCUGCGGCGAGGAGUGCAACCGCGGGUAUUCGCUUCUGAAGCCAAUGGGCCGUUACAUCCUCUAUGGAUCAUCUAACAUCGUGACCGGCGAGACAAAGAGCUUCUUCAGCGCUGCCCGUGCGUGGUGGCAAGUGGACAAGGUGUCUCCGAUCAAGCUGUUCGACGAGAACAAGAGCCUGGCGGGACUGAACCUGCGACACCUGCUGUUCCAGCACGGGCGCGGGGACACGGUGCGGCGCGCCGUGCACAGCGUCUUCACUCUGUGGGCGCAGGGCAAGGUCAAGCCCAUCGUCGACUCCACGUGGGCCCUCGAGGAUGUGGGCGAAGCCAUGCAGAAGAUGCACGACCGCAAGAACAUCGGCAAGCUCGUCCUGGACCCGUCCCUCGAGCCGAAGCCUAAGCCGGCCACUCCCGCUAAAGGCAAAUCCGGCAAGGAGAAGAAGCCGGCCAAGGAGAGCUCUGAGGAGAAGAAGGACAAGGAGGGCAAGGACGAUGAGAAAAAGCCAGCCGAAAACGGGGACAAGAACGGUGAGGAGCCGCCCUCUAACGGUAACAGCGACGAAGAGUCGAAGGAGAAGGAGAAAGAGUCUAGCUGAAUCGUUCGCCGGAAGGAGUGAAGCAUACAAACCACCGCAUUCGAUUAUUUUAAUGUUGAAGCUGCUGCGGGACGCGCGGCGUCCUAUCACUGUGUUGCCUCGUCUUAUAUUAUAUUGUGUUUGUGUUAAGUGAUUACAACCCUAAGAGACCGUCUGUGCGACCGGCUCUCUCGCUGCCCUACAUUUAUUCUUAAAUUAAUAAACAUCAUUAUUUUAUUCUUUCAAUAAAUUAUUUCUCUCGCGAUAAAUCGUGACGCCGACAAUGAUUUUUUUUUCUAUAUUUUUUUUUAAAUUUCGUAUCUCUUCUUUUGUGAAUUAAUUUGGCCUAAGUUAAGAUUAAUUGUUUGAUCGUACGAGUCUUUUUUUUAAUUAUUAUUAUAUUAUAGUUUAACGUUUAAGACUUUUUAAUUUUUUAAGAUGAGAUAUUUUAAUCUGCAGUUAUUUUUAAUGGCUAUUAUAUAUAUCGUAAGGUGCAGAAAUGCUUAAUCUUUAUGUAUGUUAGGCUUUAAUAUUUUAUUAGUGAAUGUUUAAAUUAGACCCCUAGACCCACACCCGCCCUCGGGUCGAGCUCGGCCACGUCCCGACGCCACUGACCACUAUCUCACUCGCUCUCUCUUUCUCUCUCUUUCACCCACUGAGGGUUGGGACAUACCGAUAAUCCCACAAAGCGAUCAAUGUGACGACGUGGUAAGACAUCUCUAAAUUGGCUAGAUCGCUUCUAGUUCUGGAGCCACAGCAUCAGCCCACGACUGAUCCUCCAAGUGCAUCUGGAUCGAUAUGCUCAUUCGUACGUCAUACGUGUAUCAAUGGGCGCAACAUUACUCUCGGCAUGUCCGUAUCCUUGUGCGGUGAAGACCUAUUACUUCUAGACGUUUCGAUAAUCGAUGCUGCCCACCAAUGAUAACGUUAUUUUUUGUACGUUCAUUUUUGAAACAUUCUAUUUUUUAUACUUAGACGAUUUUUGAUUGAUGUUGUAGUUAAGUGAUCUUCUGUGGAAUUGUUUACAACGCACCAGUCAUUGUGUGGUACGGGAUGGAACUUGUCGCGGUAUCGCGAUCCGCCUCGGCGAGCCGGGACACGAGCUUAAUUAACUGAUUAUCCGAUGUAUUUGUGCUAUUGACAUCCUUAAUAUUCUUAAACAUUCCUGGCGGACUUAUAUUUUUUAAUCUACGUCGUAAGAUAAUUUUUGUAUCUGGACUAAUCUGGAGUGAUCGUAAUGACGUCUCAAGCGAAGUAUUCAAGUAUCUUUGUACACAUAUCUAAUGUAACGUGCACUCUUACACCGUUUAAUAUAUUAGAAUGAAUAUUUUGAUACCAAUGUUCGUUGCAUUUCUUUGAUACCUAGUAUAUAUUUGUACUAUUUCGUAUUCCCUAAGGUUGUAAGUAAAACACCACCGCUAUUUUAUGUACAGUGCGGAUAUAGGUAUAUGUACCGAGUACUAAUGGAAUAUUGAUCUGUAAAUCACAUAUCAUGCGGAUGUUUAAUGUAAUACCGAGAGGCUGAAAGUAGUCCGGAGAGCCCGGAAUAAAAUUGCACUUUCCAAACGCUGCUCAAGUAUUAGUUGGCAACACUGCCGCUGACGGAAAAUAUGCUCGUUUCGUAACUCCGACUUGUUCAACAGACUCGAUUUUUUAUAAAUUUUUACCCUUUUUGAAUGUUUUUAGUGAGCAUAAUUUGCGUUAAGUGCGUGUUGUGUAGCAGACGGUGAGUACCGGCCGCCGUUGGGCGCGAACAGCGCUGGCUGGCAACACCAAGGUGAAGGCUGUUAGCCUUCUGUAGCUUUUGUAUGGCGUUUAGUGGAGACACGAGCGGCAACACUGCUGAGCGUGCCGCUUUGUCUAUCGUACGGUGGCUUGGUGCUAGUUUCGCAUUUAUACGCGGUUAUAUCUCGCUUCUGUGUCUUGGACCAAUAUCUUAGCUACUUUUUCUUAUCGGUAAUAUUCAAUCGCUUUGUGUGUCAAAUAUAUUAUGCGAAUUUCUCUCGAUUUAAACUUAUAUUGAUUAAAUCUUAUGUAAUCGACCUGUAUAAUGGUUUAGAAAUCUCUGAAAUUUUUUCUCCUAUAAGAGUAUUUGAUGGAAUUCAAUAAAGGGGAAGCUGGAGUGAUCGCGCUGUUUGUGAUUGUGUCCAAAUUGUUGUAGGUUAGUGUCGAAUAUGAUGCCAAUAUUUAUAAGACGCGAGAUAUAUUAAAGAUGAUGGUGAAACUCGCGCUGUCACACCAGCCAACUAAGACUGGGUCGUUUAUUGUAUUACACAUUUAUUUUUAUAAGGGCGGGCUAGUGUGAUAUCUCUACUAUGAAAUGGAUAAAUAAAUAUGUAUGAUCUGUAAAAUCGCAA